CAUCUCUUGCCUCCCAGAUGAGGACGGGGGGCGUGGCCCAGCGCGGUGGUUGCCAAGAUGGCGGCGCUGGCGGAGGAGCGGGCCUACGCGCUGUCCUGCGGGCGGCUCGGGCGCGGCGUCCGCCUCUCCGUCUUCCACGUCAAGCUCACCGAGUCGGCCCUCAGGGCCUUCGAGGCCUACCAGGGCGGAGAGAGAGCCGGGAAGGACUCUGCGGCCUUGAAGCCUUCGAUUCAGUUUCAAGGGAGCCAAGGGCGCAUCUCGAUACCCCGGUCGGAUGGCUCGAAGGGGGUCCGGUCGUUCUCGUUUUACCUCUCCCACAUUGGCAAGGACAGCCCCCAAGGCAGCUUUGACUGUAUCCAGCAAUACGUCUCCAGCAAUGGCAACAUCCAGCUGGACUGCCUGGGCAGCAUCCAGGACAAGAUCACCGUCUGUGCCACGGACGACUCGUACCAGAAGGCCAAGGAGAGCAUGGCGCUGGUGGAGGAGGAGACCCGGAGCCGGGGAGCCAUUGUGAUCAAGCCGGGGGGCCGCUACGUUGGCAAGACGGUGAAGGUGCGCAAGCCCGCCCCGGGGGUCUCGGACGCCGUCCCGUCCCGCAUCCGCCCCACACCGGUGAACUUGGCCAACGCCAUGAGCAAGAAGGGCAACAGCGCCGUCUCCCAGCGGCUGCUCAAGGACCGGGUGCUGCACCUCUUGGCCCUCAAGCCCUACCGGAAACCGGAGCUGCUUUUGCGGCUGCAGAAAGACGGCCUCUCGCCGCAGGAUAAGGAUGCGCUGGAGGCCCUCCUGGCACAGGUUGCCACCGUGAGUCCCCGGGACGGCUCCUGCACCCUGAAGGACCCGCUGUACAAAGAGGUGCAGAAGGACUGGCCGGGCUAUUCGGAAGGAGACCAACAAAUGCUGAAGAGGAUCCUUUUCCGGAAACUCUGCCCGCCCACAAAUGUGUCGGCCUGUCCCCCGGAGAACACGGCUCCUAGUCCUCCCCGCGAUGUUGACGCCCCCGUCUCCUCCUCCCCUCCGCAGAAGCGAGGCCAGCCCUCGGACUUCACCGACCCCGUGUCCACCAAGAGGUCCCGCAUCUCCCACUUUGCGCAAAGGACUCAGCCGACGUUCAACGGCAAACUGAACUCGGGCCCGUUGCCCGUGGCGAGCGGGUCCGAUCCGGUCCCCUCGGCCUCGCUUUUGCCCGCUCUGGAGCUGCCCCACGACCCGCUGGCCGAACUCAACAACGACCUGACCCACAACGGGAAGGACUUCGAGGCCGACGCGGGCGAGAGGCUCUUGGCGGCUCCCGCGAUGGUGACGGCCUCUGCCCCGGCCGGGAAGCACCACGGGAAAUCCCGGAAGAAGCUCAAGAAGCACAAGGAGCGGGAAAGGCGGGAGGAGAAGAAGCCGCCACAGCCUCAGGCGGCCCCGCGAGAAGAGCCCGACUGUGAGAUGGAAAAAGAGGGCGACGUGGUGGGCGAGGGUCCCACUCAAGACACUGCAGGCUUGAACGGGACGUGCCACAGCUCCGCUUCCACAAGACCGGAUUAUUUGAUCAAAUACGCCGCCAUCGCCUCUCCGGAGCAGCGCCAGAGCUACAAGAACGAUUUCAAUGCCGAGUACAACGAGUACCGUGCCCUCCACGCCCGCAUCGAGCGCAUCACGCACCACUUUGUGCAGCUGGACGCACAGCUCAAGCAGCUCCCGCCGGAUACCGAGGAAUACAAGACAAUCCAUGACCAGAUCUUGCAGGAAUACCGGAAAAUCAAAAAAUCCAACCCCCGCUACGGCCAGGAGAAGAACCGCUGCGAGUACCUGCACAACAAGCUGGCCCACAUCAAGAAACUGAUUGCCGAGUACGACCAGCAGCAGUUCCAGGCUUGGCACUGAGAGGGAGACCGAGGAGGAGGAGAAGGGGGUCGGCGGGGGCGUUGAGGCCAUUUGGGGUGCCUUUUAGACACAACACGGCCGUCUACGGAUAUCGGGACACAAAGCACACCCGCGGAUGACGGCUCGGUGUUGUGGCGGCUUGGCGUCAUGUCAGCUCAAUGUCAUGUCAGCUCGGUGCUGUGGCGGCUCGGCAUCACGGUGGCUCGACAUCGUGGGCUCGGUGCUGUGGCGGCUCAGCGUCAUGUCAGCUCAGCAUCAUGGUGGCUCGGCGUCAUGGUGCCUUAGCGUCGUGGGCUUGGUGUCAUUUCAGCUCAGCAUCGUGGCAACUUGGCAUCAUGGGGGCUCGGUGUGGUGGUUUGGCGUCAUGUCAGCUCAGCGUCGUGGCAUCUCGGCAUCAUGGCGGUUCGGCAUCAUGGUAGCUCGACAUCAUGGGCUCAGUGUCCUUUCAACUCCGUGUUGUGGCAGCUCGGCAUCAUGUCGGCUCGACAUCGUGCCAGCUCAGUGUCAUGGCGGCUCGACAUCGUGGGCUCGGUGUCCUGUCAACUCCGCGUCGUGGCAGCUUGGCAUCAUGUCGGCUCGACAUUGUGGCAGCUCAGCGUCAUGGUGGCUUGACAUCGUGGGCUCUGUGUCAUGGUGGAUCAGUGUCAUGUCAGCUCAGCGUCGUGGCGGCUUGGCGUCAUGGUGGCUCAACAUCAUGGGCUCAGUGUCCUGUCAACUCCACGUCGUGGCGGCUCGGCAUCACAGCAGCUCGACAUCGUGGGCUCGGCAUCGUGGUGGCUCGGUGUCAUGGUGGCUCGACAUCGUGGGCUCAGCGUCCUGUCAACUCUGUGUCAUGGCAGAUCGACAUUGUGGCAGCUCAGUGUCACGGCAGCUCAACAUCGUGGGCUCAGCAUCAUGGCGGCUCGGCGUUAAUGUCAGCACAGUGUCAUGUCAGCUUAGCAUCUUGGCGGCUUGGGUGUCACGGCAGCUUGACAUCAUGGGCUUGGCGUCAUGGCGACUUGGCGUCAUGUCAGCUCACCGUCGUGGCAGCUCGACAUUUUGACUUGGCGUCAUUUCAGCUCACCGUCGUGGCAGCUCGACAUUUUGACUUGGCGUCAUGUCAGCUCACCGUCGUGGCAGCUCGACAUUUUGACUUGGCGUCAUGUCAGCUCACCGUCGUGGCAGCUCGACAUUUUGACUUGGCAUCAUGUCAGCUCACCGUCGUGGCAGCUCGACAUUUUGACUUGGCGUCAUGUCAGCUCACUGUCGUGGCAGCUCGACAUUUUGACUUGGCGUCAUGUCAGCUCACCGUCGUGGCAGCUCGACAUUUUGACUUGGCGUCAUGUCAGCUCACCGUCGUGGCAGCUCGACAUUUUGACUUGGCGUCAUGUCAGCUCACCGUCGUGGCAGCUCGACAUGUUGACUUGGCGUCAUGUCAGCUCACUGUCGUGGCAGCUCGACAUUUUGACUUGGCGUCAUGUCAGCUCACCGUCGUGGCAGCUCGACAUUGUAGCUCGGCGUCAUGUCAGCUCACCGUCGUGGUGGCUCAGCAUCAUGUUAGCUUGGCGUCGUGGUGGCUCGGUGUCGUGGCAGCUCGCUAUCCUUUCAGCACGUCUCCAAUGGGAUUCGAUCCCCGUUCCUGCCCCACACUUCAGUCUCCAGCCUUCCUCUCGUCCUGAGAUUGAAAAACCAUCUUCCGAGGGGGUCCCGGACCCCUUUGUGCCGCUCUCCGUCUUCCCGCCGGGCUCUUGCUCUCCUCCUGUCCUCGCCCACCGGCGGCGGCGGCGUCAUACCGCCUUUCUCUACAGAGCCGUUGCGACCGAAAACGUCCCUCGGUGGUGCAACAGACCCAUAUCGUGACCCAAUUUUUGGCAGCCGGAGGAGAAAGAACUCCCUUCCUACGAUAUAUAUUUAUAUAUAUAUUGUAUACGAAGAUGUAUUGUGUAUAUUACACACCCGUGUACAUAUAAGAAAUCUAUCUAUACAUAUGUAUAAAUAUAAAUAAUAAAAUAUAAAUAUAUAUAUUCUGGAGGUUUCUAGGGUUUUCGGAUAGAUAUAUAUAUUUAAUCGGGACGGGAGACGGAGAAAUACUGUGACUCGCCGGCUUUUGCUUGCUUGGAUUUUUGGAGGUUUUUUAAAAUCAUUAAAAGAUGUCUUGAUUUCUUGUU